AUGGGUCACUUCAAACUAGUCUUACUUUGCUUUAUUCUUGCCGGAAUCUUGAUUUCACGACCAAGCUCCGGCAGACCCGUUAUCACAACAGUCAGAACAGUUCAGCAUAUCGAGUCAGAAAAUAUGGAUCCAGCUUCUUUAGUGCCUGCUGAGUCACCGGAGGGAUCAGAACACGGCGGUGAGCAGGCAGUCCAUACUACUGAAAAGCAUCAUCAUUCUUCCGACAUCGCCGGCGGUGGAGUCAUCAUCGGAGGUCUUGUCACUGUCACCUUUGCUGCAAUCUUUUGUUACAUAAGAGUUACUCGUAAAAGGGACGGUGAAAAACAUUGA